CCUCUCUCUCUUUGCGCGUGAACUCAGGCACAAAAACGCACCAGCACCAUCAGCACCAUCAUCACCAUCAGCAGCAGCAGCUCUGAUCUGGAGUCUCCAUCUUCUGUUUUCUGGUGAAUACUGCCAGCUGCAACUUCUGUCACCGCACAGCUGCCGAUAGUUCCUCCUCUCUCUCUCUCUCUCUCUCUCUCUCUCUCUCUCUCUCUCUGACACACACACCCAAGCUGGAUUCAUUAAAAGUCAAGAGAGGCAGCUGGAUGAUGUCAUAUCCGCGAACAACCUGAACGCAGGCUGGAUUUUCGCUGCAUGUAUGCCCACAAACUUUUUCUUUUUUUCUUCCUCCUCCUUGCCAGUGACGAGCUUUUCUCCCCCGCUGCCCACAUGGCACGCGUAACGGGGACGAGUGGAUGGAUGUGCCCCCCUCCUCCUCCUCCUCCUGUGGAAGCUGUGGUCCUCACCAGCGCGUAGUGGACGAGGUGGUGCGAGCCCACGGGAAGAAACUUACGUGAAUUAUUUAUUUUUUUCUCUCUCCCUCCUUUGGGUUGUUCCCGUCACGGAGGAGGGUGGAGGAGGAACCCGAAACAACCGACAGAAUGUGGUCUCUGUCCGUGGUCCUGAACCCGCUGCUGUUCCUGCUGCUGUUCGGAUACUGCCCUUCAGUGACCAUCCGGCCAAAGGAGGGGUGGCAGGUGUACAGCUCAGCUCAGGAUGCAGAUGGGCGUUGUAUCUGCACAGUGGUGGCACCUGAACAGAAUCUGUGCUCCAGAGAUGCCAAAGGCAGACAGCUCCGCCAGCUCCUGGAGAAGGUGCAGAACAUGUCGCAGUCAAUCGAGGUGCUGAACCUGAGGACGCAGAGGGACUUUCAGUAUAUCAUGAGAAUGGAGAGCCAGAUCAAAGGGCUCCGGUCGAAGUUCCGACAGAUCGAAUCGGACAGGAAGACGCUCGUCAACAAAAACUUUCAGGAGCUAAAGGGAAAGAUGGAGUCUUUGCAGCCGCUGAUACCUGUCCUGGAGCAAUACAAGACAGACGCCAAGCUCAUCUCCCAGUUUAAAGAGGAGAUCAGGAACCUGUCUGGCGUGUUGAUGGGCAUCCAGGAGGAAAUGGGAGCCUACGACUAUGAGGAGCUGCAACAGAGGGUUCUAAAUCUGGAAAAUCGUCUCCGCAACUGUAUGAAUAAACUCACAUGUGGCAAGCUAAUGAAGAUCACUGGGCCGCUGACAGUGAAAACUUCAGGGACCAGAUUCGGAGCCUGGAUGACUGACCCACAGGCGUCUCCAAAAAACAACAGGGUCUGGUACAUGGACAGCUACACCAACAACAAGAUCGUAAAAGAAUAUAAAUCCAUCGCUGAUUUUGUGGCAGGAGUCGAGUCGAGAACCUACAACCUUCCUUUCAAAUGGGCCGGAACCAACCAUGUGGUGUACAACGGCUCUUUGUACUACAACAAAAUGCAGAGCAACAUCAUAGUGAGGUACAGCUUCGAGACGGGACGCGUGGUCACCCAACGGGCUCUGGAGUCUGCAGGCUUCCACAAUGUUUACCCCUACACCUGGGGGGGCUUCUCUGAUAUCGACCUGAUGGCGGACGAGCUGGGCCUGUGGGCCGUGUACGCGACCAACCAGAACGCCGGGAACAUCGUCAUCAGCCAGCUGAACCCGGACACGCUCCAGAUCCUCAACACAUGGAACACAGAAUACUCAAAAAGGAACGCCGGCGAGUCUUUCAUGAUCUGUGGGACGCUCUACAUCACUAACUCCCACCUGACCGGUGCCAAGGUUUAUUACGCUUACUCCACGAAAACCUCCACAUACGAGUAUACAGACAUUCCCUUUCAUAACCAGUAUUUCCACAUGUCAAUGCUGGACUACAACGCCAGGGACCGCGCCCUCUACGGCUGGAACAACGGCCACCAGGUGCUGUUCAAUGUCACACUUUUCCACAUCAUUAAAACUGAGGACGACUCAUAAGCGGAGGAAAUGCUAUACAGAAAGAAAUGAUGAAACCACAGAAAUAAUGGAUGGUUGCUCUUGAAUGUUCUAAUGAUAUUUAUUUACUUUAUUUAUUUAUUUAUUUAUUUAUUUAUUUAUUUAUUUAUUUAUUUAUUCAUGUAAUUUCUUUUGCCAUUUGCCCAUUUUCAUAUGAAUGUUAACUAAUCGAAAUAUUGUCCAUAUGAAAAUGUGACACUUUCUCAGUAAAAAAUAAACAACAGCACAAAAUCUAAACUAAUGCGGUAACACAUUUUUCAAUAAUUUACAUAGCAACUUUUAGAAACAGUGAACAGUUGAUUCUUUUCUCUCCCAAACAAAAGCUUUUUUCCAAAAUGAAGUCCUCAUAUUUAUAAUGGUUUCCUCCUCCCGUCCUGCAUUUAUUCAUGGCCCCUUAAGUUAUUCAGAUUUUGACUGCGUUCACUAAUUGUUCAUUUUGUUUCCAUUCUUUUCCUUUGCCAUUUAUUCAUCAUCAUCAUCUGCUAAUUUAUUCCUGCUUUUUCACUGCCUCCAUUUAGCUUUCAGACUUUGUCUUUGUACUUUUACUUUCAAAAAUGUUUUUUUGGGGGGUUUUUUCUUUGCACUUGACCUUGUACAAGACAAUGAGAAAUGUGGUAAACCAUAAUGCACCUGUAUAGUUACUGUACUUGGCUUUUUUGUGAUUCUCAUUCAUCCAGGUCUUAGGAUAUCUUCGAAUACCAAGUCAAAGUCUGUUUGUCUUUAACUCGGUACUUUAGAGAUAUUAGCUUUUUUGUAACUUCAGCAACAGUUUGUAUGCCUUAUUCAGUGCGGUAUGUUCUGUAAGCCCAAGGAUAACAGCUCUCAUGCAUGAAUGUUGGCUAUCCUAAUAGCAUUUUUACUGUUACAGUAUAUCUCUCUCUCUUCUCUCUUCUCUCUAGCUAUAUUAAUGGUAAAGAUUCAUUUAUACAGAUGGCAGUAGGUGACUUUAAUAAGCAUUCAUUUG